AUGGGGUCAAUAGUCACGGCAGAUGAGCGCAAUGUGCGGACUAUUCAUACAGCAGCGUGUUUGAUUAUUGGUGAUGAGACUAAUUCCAACUACAUGGCAAAAUGGUGUUUCAAUCUGGGAAUUAAUCUCAAAAGGAUCGAAGUUAUCGCCGACGAUGAAGAUGAAAUUGUCGAGGCUGUCCGCCGUAUGAGUGACCGCUACGACUUUGUAGUGACCAGCGGAGGCAUCGGCCCCACCCACGACGACAUUACCUACCAAUCUAUAGCCAAAGCCUUCGGCCUGCCUCUGAAGCUGAACGAAGAGGCUUUUGAACUCAUGAAGAAGCUUUCUGUUCCCCGCAAGGGCGAGCCACCGUUCAACUGGGACGAGCCCUCGUCCGUUCUCACCGCAAAGCUCCGUAUGGUGGAGCUACCGACAGACGUCAACAGAGACCCAGCGAAGCAGUUCCUCUUUCCUUGCAAGGAACUUUGGGUGCCAGUUGCGGUAGUCAAUGGGAAUGUGCACAUUUUGCCGGGCGUGCCUAGGUUGUUCGAGAAACUCCUAGACGGCCUCAAGCCUUCCAUCCAACCGCGCCUAGUCGAUCCCGACGGCAAAGGUAUUACCAGAGUUACCAUCUCCACGCCACUCCCUGAGAGCGCUAUUGCCGCUUACCUCACCGAGCUGGCAGCGAGAGUUGACCCCAAGGGCGUCAAGGUUGGAAGCUACCCCAGAUGGGGGGACAAGCAUAACACAGUUACCCUUGUUGGAAAAGACAAAGACUUCCUCAACUCCAUCGCCCCCGAAGUUAGCCACUACGUCCAAGGCCAGAUCGUGACUACCGAAAGCGAGGACGACGCUAGUAGUUAGGGAAUACAACGUGCCAAACGUCGCGGAGGUUGGAAAGAGAAGAGUGGUUGAAAAGUGUUUGCGUGUGUGACUUUAAGCCCUAGACUUUGACAGCACACAGGAGCGAUAGGUUUUUGUCUCAGCGGGAAAGGAGUUAAAGCGCACUAGAAGAUCAUAAGCGACAUCUAGCCAUGGGUCGAUCAGAACUAGACGAAUAAAGCGAGCGCCGAAUACA